AUGUCUGCUUCGGCAGCGCAUAAUGUCAGCAGUAGGCGGCCCGAUGCACCGCCGGCGGCUUCUCCGCUGGCCGUUUCCCCCGGCGUGCAGUUUCCGCCGGCGGCGCAGCCGGAGGUGAUGCGCGCCGCGGAGAAGGACGAGCUGUACGCGGCGUCCCUGGGCGACAUGUGCCACGACGCCAUUGGCUCGCAGCUCGGCCACCGCGUCGCGGGCCAAUGGGGCGGCCCGAUCCGCGUGGCGGCGCGGUGUCUUUAUUACCUCGUGACCACCGGCGCCGGCAGCAGGACUCUAGGGGAGGAGUAUUGCGACAUAGUGCAGGUGAGAAUCUCCCCCCUUACACCAGCGCGCCGCCUCUCGCUCGUGCUGCUGCACGCCCUGCUCCCGGCUGUAGCAGCUCACAUCAGCACCCGCGCUGCUGACCCCUUUUUCACAUCCAUCCUCCCGUUCCCACUCUCCCAGGUAUCAGGCGGCUACAAUCUCCCUCCCACGCCAGCGCGCCGCCUCUCUCUCGUGCUGCUCCACUGCCUCCUCCCUGCCGUUGCAGCUCACAUCAGCGCCCGCGCUGCUGCCCGGGGAAGGGCGCUCGCAGCAGCAGAAGAGUGGGGAGAAGCAGCAAGCGAGGGGCGAGCAGUGGAAGGGGCAGCACGGGAGGGGGGAACAAGGGAUGGGGGAGCAGUGGGGAGCGGAGCAGUGGGGAGAGGGACAGGGGGAACAACAGGCGGCCCCAGCGGGAGAGAGGGGGGCGCAAUAGAGAGAGGAGGUGUGGACGCAGCAAGUGUGAGCGGUGGGAGGGGGUUGGGAUGGGUGGCAGCUGUGGCGGCAGGGAGGCACUGGGUGGGCCGUGCGAGGGAGCGAGUGAGGGAGAGAGUGAGGGAGAUGGGGAGGAGGGCGCUGGUGGUGUGGGCGGGGGUGGCAGCACGAGGGGGGGAUGUGUUGAUGCUGCUGGGGAGGGCGCAUCUGCUGCUCUUCUACUGGCACGGGUCGUACCUGCAUGUAGCAAAGAGGGUGACAGGCGUUCGGUAUAUCUACGCAGCCCAGCCACCUGCUUAUUCCCCCAGGUUCGUGUUAUUGGCGUUUUGGAACAGAAAUAGCGACGAAUUUUCCUCUUCAUCCAACUCGACAUGCUCCCAUGCCACCCCAUGUCCUUCCCUUGCCACCCCAUGUCCUUCCCCUGCCACCCCACGUCCUUCCCAUGCCAUCCCACGUCCUUCCUAUGCCACCCCACGCCCUUCCCAUGCCACCCCACGCCCUUCCCAUGCCACCCCACGCCCUUCCCAUGCCACCCCAUGUCCUUCCCAUGCCACCCCAUGUCCUUCCCAUGCCACCCCAUGUCCUUCCCUUGCCACCCCAUGUCCUUCCCAUGCCACCCCAUGUCCUUCCCAUGCCACCCCAUGUCCUUCCCAUGCCACCUCAUGUCCUUCCCAUGCCACCCCAUGUCCUUCCCAUGCCACCCCAUGUCCUUCCCUUGCCACCCCAUGUCCUUCCCAUGCCACCCCAUGUCCUUCCCAUGCCACCCCAUGUCCUUCCCUUGCCACCCCACGUCCUUCCCAUGUCCCCAUCCGUGCCUCCCCCCAUCCAUCCCAUGCCAUCCCAUCUCCGCCCCCCACACGGCAGGUACCACAUGCUCGCAUUCUUCCUCUUCAUCCAGCUCGCCAUCCUCCCUUCCCACCCACAUUCCCUCCAUGCGCACUUGACACAUAUCCUUCACCCAUGCCCCCCCAUCCCAUCUCCGCCCCCCACACGGCAGCUGCACCGACAGCAGCCAAUGCUCCACCUGAGUCCAGCAACGGGUGGGGUGGAGAGGAGGACGCGUCUCAAGAGGGUGACGAGGAGGGGGAGGCAGGGCAGGGACCCCACCGGCAGCUGCCGAUGCUCCACCUGAGUCCAGCAAGGGGUGGGGCGAGGAGACGGAGGCGUCUCGAGAGGCUCAAGAGGGUGAUGCAGAGGGAGAGGCAGGGAGUGAGGCGAGUGGUCGGUGCUCCCUGUGCCUUGCGUCUCGCUCCCACCCCACCUGCUGCCCCUGCGGUCACAUCUUCUGCUGGUAUGCCUUUUGCUCUAUUCCUUUUCUUCCACCUUCCCAUCUUGUUUUCCACUCUUCCCUCCACCACCGCACCUGCUGUCCCAGCGGCCACAUCUUCUGCUGGUAUGCCUGUUGCUCUACUCCCCACCCACCCGGCUUGCUGCCCUAAUGGCCAUCCCUCCCUUCUGCUAGUACAACGAAUGCUCAUCAUCCAGAGUGGUGCAACGAGAAACACGAGUGCCCUCUCCUCCACCCUCCCUUUCCUCGCCCUCGUCUCAUGA